AUGGCGGCCGCCGCGCGGGGACACGGGGAGGAGGACGCAGAACAGAAGGAUGCGGAGACAGAUGGCAGCGCAGCCCCGCCGGGCGGCACCAGGAUUAUUUAUGAUCGGAAGUUCCUGAUGGAGUGCCGCAAUUCUCCUGUUGCCAAAACACCGCCUUCCGACCUUCCGGACAUUCCAGGUGUCACCAGCCCAAGUGUGGAGGAGUCCAAGACUGAAAACAACCAUGUCCAGAACUAUGAGGAGAAAGAGAACAUAGGUGAGGAAGAGCAGUUUGACAUGGACAUCUAAAGCACGUGCCCAGCGAGUGCUUCACUGUUGAAGACUGGGACCUUGUCCUGAGGAUUCCCACCAGCG